AUGUCAUUAUCUGGGAAUCAGAAUCAAAUUCAAAUAUAUCAGCUCAACGGAAACUUACGACAGUAUAGUGUAUUGAGACCCCAAACCACUCAACUAGGAUACCAGCAGCAUAUGCUGCUAAAAAUGGGAAAAAAGGAACAACUUGCAUUAGAAGAGUCAAAUGAAUUAUGCGACAAAUGCGACGUCAACAAAAUCGCGCCGGACUUGGAGGAUCCUGCAAACACUUACUUCACAUUUGAUGUCGAUAAACCAGCAACGGGAUGUCAAAUGGUUUUCCAAGUACAUUGCAUGAGAUCAGAUACGAUGAUUUGUGAAAAUAACAAUAUUUUUGGAACGACUUCUACAGGAAACAGAGGAAUAGCCACUGGUGUCACAUCCACCUCAGCGUCAUCGACAUUGACCUGUGAAGCAGAUGGUUCCUGGUCUGCCAGAGAUGUAACGAUGAUUUCAAAAAUUGUCUGUACAUUCCAGGGAUGUGUGCAACCUUAA